CUAAAUAUAUAGAAAACAAAAAUAAUAAAGACAAUGCUGUGUUUGUAAGGCUGAAAAUGGAUUCACACAAACACAUCAUGAAAGAUUUGAGAGCUUGAGCUUGAAAUUCUAGUCUCUCAUUCACUUAUUGCUUAGUUUCUCAAUUCUCACCUAAGAAUUUGAAAAAAAAGGCCAUAAGCAAACAAACAAGUACUGAAUUGCUAGACAGCCAUGCAGAAUUGGGGUCUCUUGCUACUGCUUCUUCUUCAUUAUUUCACUCUAUAAAUUAAUGGAGACAUGAUUUUCAUAAAGAUCCUUCCUUUUCUGCCAUGGUGGUGGAGCUUCAUCAGGACCAAAAUUCUAACAUGUCAUCCCAAAAGAAAGAGCUUCUGACCAAUGCCAUGAAGAGAACCAGUGAAUGGAUUUUCUCCCAGGAAAUUCCCAGUGAUGUUACUGUUCAUGCUGGUGGAUCUUCUUUUUCAUUGCAUAAGUUUCCAUUGGUGUCCAAGAGUGGUUUCAUAAGAAAACUAGUAUCAGCUUCUAGUGAUGCUGAUCUUUCCGAGAUUGAACUCCCAGAUAUCCCCGGCGGGGCAGAAGCAUUUGAAGUGGCAGCCAAGUUCUGCUAUGGAAUUAACUUCGAAAUUAGUACAGAAAACAUCGCCCUGCUUCGUUGUGUUGCAGAGUAUCUAGAAAUGACUGAGGAUUAUGGAGUUGGAAAUUUAGUAGCAAGAACUGAAGCAUACAUAAAUGAAGUGGCACUUAAAAGUCUUGCUGGUGCAGUUUCAAUCUUGCACUUGUCCGAAAAAUAUCUUCCACUGGCCGAGAAAGUAAAAUUGGUAAGUAGAUGCAUAGAUGCUAUAGCAUUCAUGGCCUGCAAGGAAACACAAUUUUCUAUAUCGGGUAGGUCUGAUAGCGGAAAUGAAGGCAUGCAUUCUUCGUUGACGCCUCAACCAAAGCCCAUUGUUGAUUGGUGGGCUGAAGAUUUAACUGUUCUUAGGAUUGAUAUAUUUCAAAGAGUUUUGGGUGCAAUGAUGGCUAGGGGGUUUAAACAAUAUGCUCUUGGUCCUAUACUUAUGCUCUAUGCACAGAAAUCGCUCCGAGGCUUGCAGGAAAUAUUUGGAAAGGGGAGGAAGAAAAUUGAGCUACAACAAGAGCAUGAAAAAAGGGUAGUCUUAGAGACAAUAGUGAGUCUUUUACCAAGGGAAAAGAAUGUAUUGUCAGUCAGCUUUCUGUCGAUGUUGCUUCGUGCUGCAAUAUAUCUCGAAACAACAGUUGCUUGCCGGCUUGAUUUGGAAAAAAAGAUGGCAUUGCAACUCGGACAAGCCGUGUUAGAUGAUCUCUUGAUUCCUUCAUAUUCAUUUACAGGUGACACAUUGUUUGAUGUGGAUACAAUUCAAAGAAUCUUGAUGAAUUACGUUGAAUACCAAGUGCAAGGAAUCAGAAUGGGGUAUCAAGCUGCCGAUGAUGAGUAUGUUUCUCCUCCUCCAAGUGAUAUGGAACGUGUCGGGAAGCUAAUGGAGAACUACCUAGCUGAAAUAGCUUCUGAUCGGAACUUAACUGUUGCAAGAUUCAUCAAUCUUGCUGAACUAAUUCCAGAACAAUCGAGGAUAACAGAAGAUGGCAUAUACAGAGCCAUUGACAUCUUCCUCAAGGCUCAUCCUGCUUUAAGUGACAUGGAGAAGAAGAAAGCAUGCAGUUUAAUGGAUUGCCAGAAGCUAUCCAGAGAAGCUUGUGCACACGCUGCACAAAACGACCGUCUUCCAGUUCAGACAGUAGUUCAGGUGCUAUACUACGAGCAACAGCGACUUCGAGAUGUUAUGAAUGGAGACUCACCCACAAUUCCUUCUAAAACCGUAUAUUCUACUGAUAAUCAUAAUCAUAAUCCACCUAUUUCUGAUGAGAUAUCCAGCCUUAAAAGAGAGAAUCAGGACCUGAAACUAGAGCUAACGAAAAUGAAAAUGCGAAUGAAGGAAAUUGAGAACUCGUCAGGAGGACGAUCUGUGACAGCUAGUCCAAUGCUGCAUUCUCCAUCUGCAGCUGAUAAACCUCCUCUGCCUCGAAAAUCAAUUAUAAACUCUGUGUCGAAAAAGCUUGGACGGUUAUAUCCAUUUGUGCGCGGUGAGGGUGAUUCUUUCUCUAAAGCUCGAGCUAAACCUGCUAAGGAUCGUAGACAUUCCAUAUCAUGAAAACGUCUGUUUCAUCUUUUAGCCUUGCAGUUCUGGUUUUUACUUGUGUUUUUAUUCUCAAUUACUUGUAUUAUUUGUAUUUGUUUUGUGUGAUAUUCUUGUAUAUAAGACAUAAAUAAAAAUAUUUAUUUGGCUGGUAGACUACUUAAUUGAUAAAGUUUAUAAAGUUAUUAAA